CAAAAUAACUGCGAUGGAGUCUCCAACGAUAUGAGGAAAGGCGAUCGUUGGUAAUACCAUCGGGAAACAAAUAACGAGUAAAUGCGAACUGGUGCAACGGAAAAAACGAAUUGGCUUAUCUUUCCUGAUGCGCAGUUAUCUCGGAGACACAAUAGCUCCAUUGCGCUGCAUCUGUGAUAUUUUUAAAUGCUCUCAGAACACCGAGAGACACGUAUUGAGAAAAUUUCUAAGAACGAUCCGAGAGGUUAUUCCUCGAGAGCCAAAACAGAGACGACGUAUUUGCUGAUUUCAAUAUUUCGUCAAAUGUCGCAGACGAUUCAUUGCCUAUCGUGGCGAGCAUUUUGUUCGUGUAUAUCAUUAAAGGCAUGUGUACAUAAGCCAGAUUGGUGAAGUUGCUGGUCAUUCGACUCUGUUCCGUCGACUCGUUAGCGUCCAACGCGUUGUUUCUCGAUUGAACGAAUUUUUUAGUCCCUCGGACAAAAAUGAUUCCUUAUAAGUUGUGUUGUAUAAUGUUGAUUAUUUUUUCUCUCGAUGCUGUGAGAAGUGCAAGUUUCCCUGGAACUCACUUGACCGAAGACGACGAACGAGCCUUGAGCGAAUUCGAGGAAUUCCUCGAGUGGAAAAAAACGAAAAAAGAACGCGAGAGCACAGACUCCGUGGAUAAAACCGGGGAGCUUUAUUAUCCGGAGCAGAGAAAAGACUCGGGAAAUGAGUAUUUCGACAAUCCUCCACGAUACGCGAACGAAAGAUUCACCGUGUCUGACCAUCCACCGCCCAUCGAUGAAGCAGCUCGCAUGGCAAGAUACGUCGUCAAUCAAGCUGAAUGGACUGCCAUUGGAACCAUUAGUUCACGGAAAGCUACCUUGACUUACCCAAGCGCCAACCUUAUUUCCAUGGGCGAUGGACCGCUCGGGAAAGGCACUGGAACUCCGUACAUUUAUUUGACGCCUCUGGACUUCACGGGUCAAGAUUUGGCAGUCGACAAUCGUGCAACUUUUCUGAUGUCAUUGGCCGAAACAUCAUAUUGUAUGAGUCAAAAGUACGACCCCAUGGAUCCACGAUGUUCAAGAGUACUUCUAACUGGCAGAGUUGUUAAGGUUACGAAUACCAGUGCUGAUUACGAAACUGCCAAAAUGGCAGUUUUUACACGUCAUCCAACGUUUCCUGAUAUGCCCGCGAAUCAUCGUUUCUAUUUCGCUCGAUUGAAGAUCGAGACAAUCGCGGUUCUCGAUAACUUCGGAGGUCCGAAAUUCGUUUCGAUUAAAGAUUAUUACCACCCACCAUCGAACUCGAACCCACCAUCGAACUCGAACCCACCAUCGAACUCGAACCCACCAUGGUACUCACAUCCACCGUUGGAAGACAACUUUUCGAACAGUUUUCCCGAAGAGUAUAGUAGUUCCAACGACGUGGAACGGAAAGUAGUAUACAGAGUUUGAAGAGAAUACCAAUUUCGAGGGUGUAAAGUGGAAAGCUGCAUACCAAGUUUCUCAUAAAUGCCUGUUGUAUGGAAUACGAAUUUGUGCACAGAAUUAAAAAAAUACCUUAUCCAAAUAGCAAUUAAAAAUUGAGGUAACUGUCAA